UCGACUUAAGUAUCACUAGAUCGGCAGAGUUUUUUUGUAUUUCCAAAUAAACACCCGGGGUCAAAAUAUAAAUAAUUUAGUAUCUUUUCUAAUUGUGAUAACGGCGAUAAUACGGCAUCAAUAUGAUCCCAAAAAAGAUGCCCGUUAAGGAUGCUCACAUUGUGAAAAUUGCCGUAGAAUUUGAAAAUCACAUAGCACAACUGAUUAAUUUAGAUCAGCGGCAACCAUUGACAGGCAAAAUACAAGAAAUCUGUAAUUGUUGGGGUAUUGCCGACCCCGAGAAUUAUGCUCUGCAGUUUUGUGAAGCCAACCAUUUAAAAUAUGUUACGGAGAAAAAUCGCAACGAAAUCAAAAAUGGUUCUGUAUUACGAUUACAAUACUCACCGUCUAAAACUGCCAAUGACAUUUUAGAAACAUUGAGAGCCGGAUCGCCUUGUGUCAAGGCUGAAUGUUUGGAAAAACUUGCCACACUGUCGGUCGAUGUAACAUUUGCAUUGGAAUUUAUAAAAGAACAAGGUCUUGGCAUUAUAAUAAGCAUGAUUGAAGAUCCCGACGAAAAGGAGGACAAAAUUCUCAUAUAUAGCCUCAAAAGCUUUGUGGAAUUAAUGGAACAUGGCACAGUGUCAUGGGAGAUUUUGCAGAACAGCUUUGUUCAACGUAACAUACAUAUUGUUCGUAAUUUCAUGAAUUAUCCAAAGUGUACGGAAAGUGCUUUAUCGAAUUUAGAAAAUAUUGUGCAAAAUAGUUCUAAGCAUACGCUAGUGGAACAAGAGGUUACUUUGCAAGAUCUUUUGAAAUUGCUACAGGAUGCCAAGUCCUCAGUGAUUUUGCAAAAUGCCAUUGCACUGAUCAAUGCUCUUUUUAUGAAGGCAGAUGAUGGCCGGAAGAGACAAAUAGCCCACACUAUUAGUGCUAAGCAAUAUCGUUUGGCUCUCAUAAAUAGUUGUGUAGCCACCACAGAAAUGACCCAUCAGUUGUAUGUGUUACAGACUCUUACACUGGGUUUGUUGGAGCAACGCAUGCGCAUGAAAGUGACAAAUCAAGAUCAAGAUGCCCAUGAAAAGAUCAAGGAAUUAAGGAAGAUUGCAUUCGAUGAUUACUCAGGCAUAAUGUCGGGAAUGGCUGGCAAUUCUAACAAUUGCUCAGGUUCGGGAAAUGUGAAUUUUGCCCAGUACUAUAAGAAACUGGGAUUCAAAUGCGACAUGAAUCCAGCACAGGACUUUAUGGAAACUCCUCCGGGUAUAUUAGCAUUGGAUUGCAUGAUUUAUUUUGCACGAAAUUUUACCCAACAAUAUACAAAAAUCGUUCAUGAAAACUCUUGCCGCGGUGAUGAGCACGAAUGUCCUUUUGGCCGCACUUCAAUAGAGCUGGUAAAAUUGCUGUGUGAUAUUCUACGCAUAGGAGAGCCACCUUCCGACCAGUCGGUCGAUUUCCAGCCUAUGUUCUUCAAUCACGACCAUCCCUUUGAGGAAUUCUUUUGUAUUUGCAUAAUCACUUUGAAUCGCACGUGGAAGGAUAUGCGGGCGACAGGUGAAGAUUUUCAAAAAGUGUUCAGUGUUGUACGUGAACAGAUAACACGUACCCUAAAACAAAAGCCUGACAAUUUUGAAGAUUUUCGUGGGAAAAUUGCCCAUUUCACGUAUCAGACUAUAACGAAUUUAAGACAACAGGAGCGAACAUCGAAAGAGGAAUGUGAUUCCACAGCCUCGGCCAUUGUGAAAUUAAAGGAGAAAAUCUCACCUCACAUUUUAGAUUUAAUAAAACAACAACGAUUGGCAUUUUUGGUGGAGGGUACCCGCUUUUCAAAAUAUUCACGCGGUGCACGAUCCAAGGAUAAAUUUUGGUACGCACGUCUUUCGCCAAACCAUAAAGUAAUACAUUAUGGCGAUUGUGAUGAAAAAACUAUACCUACCCUCGAGGAACUCCCCAAUAAGGUAUCGGUCAUUGAUAUCAAACAAUUGCUGGAGGGCAAGGAGUGUCCACACAUGAAGGAAAUGCGUACACGUAAAUCCGCCGUAAAUCUGGCAUUUUCUAUAACAUUCGAAAACAUGGACCAUACCACGAUCGAUUUUGUGGCACCCGAUGAAACGGUCUUUAACUAUUGGACAGAUGGUAUUAACGCUCUCUUGGGUCAAGAAAUGGUUAGCAAACAGAAAAAGGAUGAUUUCGAUACACUGCUCUCAAUGGAGAUAAAACUACGAUUAUUAGAUACUGAAGGUGUUGACAUUAGUAAAGAUCCUCCACCAGUACCCGAAGAUCCAGAAAAUUAUGAUUUUUGCUUUGAGAACUAGAACAUUUAAAGUAUUCUACAAAGAGUUUUGCUAAAGUAUUUGCAUUGUAUCAAUCGUUUAUGUCGAUCAAAAAUAUUUCCUAUUUCUAGUGUCAUUCUCUGUUCAUCUCAAAAGAAGAAAAAAAAUAAGAAAAGCCAAAGUUAUCAUUAAAACCAAUAUUACAACAAGUAUUUUAAAACGCACAUUACCCCAGGAAAAUGGUUAUUAUAUUGCCCUGUAUUUUCUAUCAAAAUACGCAAUAAGUUUAAGUUUAUUUACUUAUCCUCACAAAACGAAAUAAAUAAAAUAAAUUGUGCAAUUUUAUUAACAAUGUUUUAUAAAAGAAGCGAAAAAUAUAUCCAUUUUUGUAUUAAGCAA